UCACUUCCGGGCUGGUGUUUGUUUGGACUGGAGAAGGGAGGCGGCGGGCGAAGCGCACGUCGAGCGGGGGAGCGGCGCUGCCUGUGGAGAUCCGCGGAGGCCGACAGGACUCGCUGGCUGCCGUCCCCGCUGCCGUGCACUGGGUUAAAAACGCCAACCAUGAAAGAUCCAAGUCGCAGCAGUACUAGCCCAAGCAUCAUCAAUGAAGAUGUGAUUAUUAACGGUCAUUCUCAUGAAGAUGACAAUCCAUUUGCAGAAUACAUGUGGAUGGAAAAUGAAGAGGAAUUCAACAGACAAAUAGAAGAGGAGUUGUGGGAAGAAGAAUUUAUUGAACGCUGCUUUCAAGAAAUGCUGGAAGAGGAAGAAGAACAUGAGUGGUUUAUUCCAGCUCGAGAUCUCCCACAAACUAUGGACCAACUCCAAGACCAAUUUAAUGACCUUGUUAUCAGUGAUGGCUCUUCUCUGGAAGAUCUUGUGGUAAAAGUUUAUUUUUCAUCUUUUUAGACCUUAGCUCAUCUUUCCUAUAGGUGGAAAAGCCAGCUACCAUCUAUAUAAGAAGAGUUCUGCAUCUCUUCCCCUUCCAAAAUUAUGCUACUUACUACAGUGGAAGCAGGGGCCUCCAGUUCUAAUGACAUGGAGUGACUUCUGGCAACACCAUGGAGUCUUAGAUCACUAACAGACUUGCCUCUGCUUUCAGCCAUCAUACUACCUUUUAGACAUCAUGUUGACCUAGGGUACUUAAUCUUAAAAGAAUCCAGAAGGAUGCACAGUAUUAUCGUAUGAUUUAUUUGUAUGAAAGUAACUUGCUCUUUAAUCUUGACCUAAGUAUUUGGUAAAAUUUAAAAAAUUUUCUGUUUGCUUUGUGUUUUGUUUUUUGAGACAAGAACUCAACUAUAUAGUUCAAGCUGGCCUUGAAUUCACUGUGUCUCCCACUCUUGUCUCAGACUUGGAGCAUUCUACCUGCUUUAGCCUCCCAAGUGCACCACCCUGCUAGGCUUGUUUUGUUAUUGGGGUCUUAGAGAUUGAACUUACUAGGUUUCACUAAGGUGCUUAGGCCAGCCUUGAAGUUUGGAUCAUUCUGCCUCAGCCUCUCAUGUAAUUCCAUGCCUGGAAUUACAGGCAUGCACCACCAUGCUUGGCCCAAAAUUUAAUCUAAAAGGUAAAAUUAUGAAGAUCAUCUCUUGACCUAGGGUUUUUGUUGAGGUAUCCAGUUCAUUUGGAAUGGUGAUAAAUAAGAAAUUUCACAAGCUCAUGGCAAAAAAGGAACACAAACAUAGAUUUGCAUUUUUAGUUAUUGUCUUGUCUCAUCACUGAUGAUAUAUGCAGCCAAAAGUUUUUUUGAGGGCCGGGGAUUUAGCUCAGUGGUUCUACUGCCUGCCUUCUAAGCACAAGGUCCCGAAUUCAAUCCCCAGUACCAAAAGAAAAAGUUAUUUUUCAGGAACUAUGAUAACUGAACAUCAACACUAAAGUUGAAUCCUUACUAAAAUUAAGAUAAAAGACUCUUUGGCUGGGUGUGGUGAUAUUUACCUAUAAUCCCACACUCUGGAAGCUGAGGCAGGAGGUUCACAGGUUUGAGGCCAGCUACAUGGUUAGUUUAAGUCCAGUUUGUACUUUAAUAGAAAGACCCUAAUCUCAAAACUAAGUUAUUUUGACCAGGCAUGAUUGUGCACACUUAUAAUCCCAACUACUUUGGAGGCUGAGGCAGGAGGAUCAUUCACAUAAAUAAUCCUUCAUUGCCUCUACCAAAUAACUCUUAAGAUUUAGUCAUUGGACUCCAUGCAGUGUUUUGUUGCAUGUGUGGUUUAUUUGUUGUAAUUGUCUUUUGCUAACUGCAUUAAUUUCCUAAUCUGUAUAUCUUUUUUUUGAGACAGGGUCUCACUCUAGUUGAGACUGACCUGGAACUCAGUAUGUAUG